UUUCAGUUCCACCCCGACCGAACGGCAGUCCGCCAAAUCCGCAAAACCAGGGCUCCUUUCUCUCUCUAUCCAUCCAAUCCGUCGUUUCAAACCUCGUCUGUAUAAUACGCGGGUCCGAUCCGAAAAUAGUCGCGACCAAAUUGUUGUAUUUUUAUUUUAUUUUUUUCAUUUUUUCCCCUCAAUCAUUUUCUCACUUUACACCCCGUGAUUUUUAUUAUUCGUUUUUCGUUAUACCGUAAUAAUCUUACAUCGAAUAUCGCAUAUAUCGUACACCUCCGAUGUAAAAGGUAAUAGAAAAGAAAAGAAGCAAACAAAAAAAACUUAUACUCCGAUAGUUUUCGGUAUUUUAAAUCCGAAAUCUGAACGGCCUGGUGUUUCUCCGGAAACUACACAAGGGAUGUUGUACACAUAUGAAAUCAAAAAACGACGGAGUACGCAUUGACAAGGGGUGUGCAGGAGUUGGAUUGAGAUGCAGGUGAAAAUACUGCGAAUGUUGAAGAUGCGAAAAUGAAGAUGAAGAUUAUUGGGACAAGGAUGAUAACGCUGUGAAUUGCACGGUGUCUGACAAACGGGCAUAGGUCAAGGAAGUGAAAGUGGGGCGUAAUAAAUAACGGUCCUUAUAAAUUGAAGUUAAUCGGCCCACGAUGAUUUUCGGUCUAAAAUAUCAUCGAUAAACGAAUACACGUACGAAAAAGAAGAAGAGAUAAAAAAAAUAAUAAGAAAGACCGAGAAUUCGAGAAUGGUUACGUGCAUAGGUAUAAGCGGCACAUGUGCAAUCUGCACGGCUAUAAUAACCAAUACUAUACAAAAACCUUCGUAUAUAUUUUUAAUAUAAGUACAGUGCGUGGGCGGUUUAUUAAUAAUUCAGGUGUGUAGCAAACUCCGGCAUUGAUCAGUUGCAGUUCACCCCACAUUACUACACUGGAGUAGUAUAAUAAUACAAGUCAGUUUAGCCCGAGCUUUUAUAACCGUAAUAUAAUUCACCUGGUCAAUAAUUUGCUCACCUUUUCUAGUUUCUAUCUUUCAAUUUUUUCAUUAUCCGACCCAGAACGUGCGGGACGACGACAUUAAUUGUCCCUGUUCGAAGAACGAUUAGAUCCGCGGAAUAAACAAAGGGAAGAAGAACAAAAGGAGAACAAUUAUUGUAAGAUGACAAACUGCAACGAGGUGAUAAACGAUAAUUGUUACAAAAUAAUCGCGCCAUUUUUGAAGCAUUUCGUCAAACGAUUAUUAUUGAUCGAUCGAUUGAUCGUUGCAAAUAUACUGCAGGGAUAAAUUUAUAUACAUCUGAAAACCUUCGUCUAUUUUUACGUUAUUUCUACGUUUGUUUUUCUUCCGACUAAUUUUUUUGAAACACAUUUUUACGCUGAUUAAAAGAAACAAACAAGAAAAAGAUUUAAAAAGACUUCGACUCAACUUCGAAAGAAAAGAACGAACGAAUUACGACAAAGAUGAAGAAUGCAUAAACAAAUAGACUACACAUACUGUGCCUUCGAUAAUUGAGAACAAAACGAAAAGAAAAACUACGCUAUUAAUAAUAUUGUUAUUAUCAUUAUUAUAAUUAUUAAUACUUAUGAAUUCAUAUAUCUAUGCGCAUUGCGGUUAUUGCGUAGUUCCAUAAUAUAUACUAUACAUACAUCGCUCUAGCAUCGUUGAUCUACCUAAAAUUAUACCAUUCGUGAAAAACGAGAGAGAACAGAGAAAAGCGAAAGAAGAAGAAAAAAAAAAGGAAAAUAAUAAUUAAAAAAAAAUUAAAAUUACGAACACGCCUAUUUGACGAUACUUAAAUUCCAACUGGUGUCUUAAUUUUUCAUUAAAAAAAAACGAGCUACAGCUUUUAAUAUACACUUAUAUAUUAUGUAUGGUUAAAUAUACUGAAUAUAAUUACCACGUACAAUCUGAAUUGCCUAAUAUAAAUGUGUAUGCAUUAUAAAUUAUACAUAAAAAUAAAACUAUUUAGCAUCAGCAGCAAUUUCGAAAAAUUGAAAAAAGAAAAACAAUCGUAAUGAAAAUUAUUUGCGAAAGACGAUCAAGUGAAUGGGAGGGGGAUGAACGAAAAAUAAUAUAAUUUGUCCAUGUUGAAACGAUUUUCAGUUUUUUCAAUCUAUGUAAAAACGAACGAAGAAAUUUAAUGAAAAAGAAUCUAGUAAUUUCACGGUGAACAAGAGGGAACGAAAAUCAAUAAAGCUAAAACAACAAAGUGAAAGUUGGUACAUAGGUACCUAUACAUAUGUCUAAUGCCUGCACAGGAGAUCGAUAAUGAUUAAUUAAGGUUUCAUAUCCGGCAUCGUUUCCGUGGAAAUGAUAUCUCAAGUGUUUGAUAUAAUUAUCAGUGAUGUUGUCGAUCACUUUGAUGAUACUUUUAAUGAAUUUAACACCUGGGAGUUUUGCCGCGGUCAGGACGGGUCAACUUCGCGUCUGAAUUACCUGCUGGAUUUUCCUCGUGAAUUUAGAUUUUCCGAAUGUGAUUUUCCGAGGUCAUUAACGCCGUCUAUAGAAUUCAUAGGGAGGGUAAAGACCGCCGAUUUCCUUCUCAUUAAAGAACUGCCGCGAACCAAAGUAAAAGGGAUCCUAACAAGCGUUGAUCUUAACUGCCGGAAAAAUCUGAUAGAAUUUACUCAUUUUUCUACGACUUGACGUCUUGUAAAAUAACAACGUUGUAUCUACAGUGAAUCAGAUAAAAAUAACAACAAAAACUAAAACUCUUUUUCGCUUAUAUGUCGCAGCGAGUAGAUCUCAUUGUCAGCAUCGAUGUGUGAUAAUAAAAAUGAUACCGGUAAUUAUUACAGUGAGAAACAAGAACAAAAAAGAAAACUGACGUAUACUAAUUAAUUUAAAUAUAUUAAAGACAGAUAAAAAUUAUAAAGUACGUCCGUAUAAAACUGGAGAUUAGAGCGCUGUGAUUUUUUGUGACAUCGUUAGAAUACGGAAGUUCUUUCUAUUCCGCGUAUAAAAAAUCAAGAAGGGAAAGGAGAGACGAAAUAAUUCAGAGCUAACUCUGGUGCAUACGAGAAGGGAGAUUUUUCUUCGGUGGUGUGUUCGAUCGUGAGUGUAUUUUACGUUUCUUCAUCUCUUUUCGAAUUAUCUCCGUUCAGAGAUAAAUGAAAAAAAAGGAAGGCAAAAAUCGGCUACACGCUUAUUGACGUACAUCAUCAUGUUGCCGAAUCAAUUAACGCCCCCGAAUAUUCGGAUGCAGAAAAAUCAUCUGAUGCCAAGUGAAAAUCCCGAUGGACUCGCCGUAACGUAAGGUUUUCUAUCUUGUAUCAACAAAUAACGCGAAAAGAAAAAGGUUUGAAAAAUUACGGUCGUUUAUAAAAUAAACUUCAAAACAUAGAAAGGAAUAGUGAUAAAGCUACGGUACAACGCGAGGAUCAUUUUACAACCGACUGACGAUACUUGGAUGUUGAUAAUUAGCUGGUCAUUGCGCAUAGCGGAAAUUAAUCAGAGUUUAAUUAUCAGUGAAUUACCGACGAAACUUCGUCGCUGGAACAACUGUCAGUGGUCUGAUUUGAAUGAGCUAAAAAGUUUCGUUUACUCUUGCGACUCUCCUGACUUAUUUGAUCUGUUAAAUAUAACAAUUCGUAAUUUUUCCUCUUUUCUUCUUUUUUUAUAACCAAAUAUCCAAUUGGCAAAAAAUUAAACAAUAAUAAAUAGUAAUAAUAAUCUGAUUCUACGUGUAACGUUCGAUUUACUAUAAAAAUUAUACCGUAAACUAAAUAAAUAAAUAAGUUUAAUGAAAUAUAUGCCUUUAUCACCGCUUAUCGGAUAUUAGACGAAAACGAGAGACAAAAACUUUUUUUCAAAUUCCUAAUCCAUUGUCUGUGUAUGAUAUACCGCAAUAUCGAGGUCUUAGCUAAGCCGUUCAUCGGAUAAAUAUUUCUACGAAUCAUUAGAUAAUUAUAUAUUCAAUAACGAGCGGUCCUAAUUAAAAAUAAUAAUUGAAUGUAUAAUAAUUGAAGUAAUUUUAUUAUCGAAAUACCAUAUAAAUCGCCGGCUGCACUAUUAUUACAUAUAAUCCACGAUAUACCUAUAAAAGGUACAUGAUAAAAUUUUACGCUUUUAAUAGCAGAGCUUUUCUAUCGAUAAUAAUAAUAAUAAUAGUGAUAAUGAAAAAUCAAAAAAUUUAGAUAAUAGAGAAGAAAAGAAAAAGAAGAAAACUUUACAAUAAAAAAAUAAUUCCAACAAAAUUGAUAACCAUAGUAAUAUGAUAAUUUAUGCGCAAUCUAAAUAACAAUACACGUACAUACAUACUGAUAUAAGUAUAUACUAGGUAUAUACGUAAUAUAUAUAAUAAAUGUGCGGAUAGUUUUCUUUAUUAUACAACUGUUCCCGUUUUUUUUUUUUUUCAUUCUAUUCCGUAAAUCAUCGACGCGUGUUUGAAAAAAUUAAUAAUAAAAAACCAAGAAGCAAAUAGAUCCUAAAAAGGAGAUAGAAGAAUUUUGGAAAGUAAAACACACAAAAAAAAAUUACCAAAUUUCGAGAAACGAACGAAGAAUCAAACGAAUAAAAAUUGUACACGCUCUAUAUGAGUACGUACAUAAAAACAACGUAUAUAUGCAUACAUAUACAUGCUGUAUAUAUGUGUAACCGUUUAUUUUUUAUGCUCAACUCGUGCUGUGCUUUUCUACCGCUAUACAUAUACACAUGUAAAAUAUUGAAUAUAAAAGAAUAUGAUGGUAUGUAAAGAAACGAAUACGAUAAUCGAUUGAUUCGUUAUAAUUAAUCAAAGAAAUAAAUAAGUGCAAUACACAAGUGGUGGGAAAUAUUAAAUAUAUUUCGUCACACUCGUUUGAUAUACGCGCGUGCAGUGACGUGGACUUCGAUAAUAUUUAUAACAAUAUUUUGGUUAUAUAUAUGAAAAAUAUAUAUAUACACAUAUACCGCACCAUCAUCACCUCACUGCAUAACUUAUAAAGCAAAAGAAAAAAAAUUAUAUAUAUAUAUAUAUAUAUAUAUAUGAAAUAAAUUAUGAAAAUAUAAAUGAAUAAAUGAAAUAUCGAAAGUCGAUAAAAUAUUGAAAGCACAAAAAAUUCAAUCUACUGGCAUCAUCGGUGUGUAUGGGUAAUUUAUACCGCGAUAAUAGGACGACGGAAGAUAAAUAAUAAAAAAAAUACUCGUAUACAAAUAAAACAAAUUAAUCAAUCAUUGGCUGAGAUGCCGGUGCGUCGAGGACACGUCGCUCCUAGGACCACAAUCAUCGAAACAAUCAUCAGGAAAUUCGACACUCAUGAUCGGAGUUUUCUCGUGGCGAACGCUCACCAAGGACUAUGUCACAUAAUAUAUUGUUCGGACGGUUUUUGUCGUCUGACAGGAUUCUCGAGGGCGGAGGUUAUGCAGAGACCAGCGGUAUGCGAUUUCCUUCAUGGUCCGAUGACAUCGCCCCACGCGGUGGCCGCACUGCGCGACGCACUCGCCGCAGGCGUCGAAAAACACUUCGAAAUACUUUACUACAGAAAAGAUGGAACCAAGUUCCUCUGCAGCGAGGUAAUCGCCUUGAUAAGAAGCGAGGUCGACGAUAUUUGUCUGCAAAUAAUAAACUUCGAGGAUCUCUCGGAUCAGACGUCACAACCGCCUGCAAUUCCGCUGCCAAGUCACGCCAACAACCGUCUCGUUACACGCUUCGACAGGGCGAGAGCAUCGUUUCGCGCGGGAUUAUCGAGGACCGGAGUAGUCGGACCCCAAAGAGUCCUCGGACGACAGAGGCAAUCCGCUACUCUACAACCGAGGAGACUCGCCGACGCACACGCACUCGACGAAGAAGCAUCGGAAAACUGCCCUCUGACGCGCGGCUCCCCAACGAUGAUGGAUUCUUGGGGACCGGGUAGAACCGGGACACCGCCACCCCCGACGAUACAACAAAAUACAACAACGGGGACAACGUCAACGACGUCAACAACAACGGCGACGGCGGCGGUAUCGUCGACAUUGCAGACGUCGAACAACGCGAAUUUACCAACAGCCGCAACAGCGACCUGCACAACAGGGUCGGCCGCAGUCCCAGCACACGUUAUUUACAAGACGACCGGAAGCGGAUACGUUACGGGAACGGGACCGGGAACGGGUACCGGAACUGCGCCGAUCGCCAGUCCCGAGGGAGUGAGCGACGUGUCGCAAAAAUCUGGAAUGUGGGACGAUACCGGAAACUCGUCUUCCGGUCCGGCGGAAGGGCCUUCGAGGAGCGUUUCGCACGCCGCAAGUUUAGACGCCAUUUCACGUCGAAUGGUCAAACCGGAGGCGGGAAGAAUACCUUGUCGGAGUUUAACUUGUAGCGUUUUAGCGGGUCGAUGGAGUGAGCACGUGGGGCUCGAGCGACGACCAGCAACUCUCGAUAACUUAAUUGAAGCAGCAAAACAUUCAAAGAUAUUCCCCGGCGUCGCUUCCGAAAGCGAUUUACAAAAAUGGCGAACAUCGAGGGACCGAAAAUCACCAUCCCUCAGUCAAAUGGGACCUGAAUCGAUCAAGCACAAGUUUUCACUGCAAGACAACGGAUCCGCUAAGUUUUUCCAGGGGGCUAUGCACACGCCGAAUAUGGGGGAGAAGGUCGCACAGGGUGGAAUUGAGGGGUGGACGAGUCGAGGUGGUAAAAACGGUUGGCGAAAUAUACCGGAUUAUCAGCAGCACCAAAUCGUUCAGGGUGUUCAAGGAUCGGAGAGCGGAGGAGGAGGAAGUGGUGUUUCUUCUGCCGGAGGUGGAGGCGGAGGCGGAGGAUCGGGAUCGGGAUCGGGAUCGGGUGGAUCGGUCGGUGUCGAAGUGCAAUUCGAGGGAGGACAACGAUCAACGCCUACUCAAGUGGAGCAAUAUCAUCAUUGGGGCGAGUUCAGGGAGUUCAGGGAAUUCAUCGGCGAUUCGAGAGACCCGAGGGACGUGGCGCCCCGCAACGUCGGGGGGGCCGCGGACCCCAGGGCCCGUGACUCGCCCUGCAGCCCUCAGGACAUCAGACUCCUCCAUGAACUCGUCGAAGACCUCACCAAGGAACAGGACGAAAAAUCCAAACCGAGGUCGGAACAGGUAUUAUCAUUGGGUGCGGACGUUCUUCCAGAGUACAAGUUGCAGUCGCCCAGAAUCCAUAAAUACACGAUACUCCAUUACUCCCCGUUCAAAGCAGUCUGGGAUUGGUUAAUUCUACUUCUAGUAAUGUACACGGCUAUAUUCACACCGUACGUUGCAGCCUUUCUUUUAUCGGAGCCGGAUUACAACAGCAGAAAAAACAAGAGAUACGGCGAGGAUUUAUUCGUCGUUAUCGAUCCGAUAGUGGACGUCACCUUCAUCGUUGACAUCCUGAUUAACUUUCGUACAACAUUCGUUAACAGUAACGAUGAGGUGGUUUCUCAUCCCGGUAAAAUCGCUGUCCAUUAUUUGAAGGGGUGGUUUCUGAUCGACCUGGUAGCCGCCAUACCAUUUGACCUAUUAUUCUUCGGAACCGAUACUGACGAGCUCGGCUUGGACAAGGAUGAGACGACUACUCUGAUUGGUUUGUUAAAAGCUGCCAGAUUGCUUCGAUUAGUAAGGGUCGCAAGGAAGAUCGAUCGCUACAGCGAAUAUGGUGCCGCUGUACUUUUUCUACUUAUGGGAUCAUUCGUACUAAUUGCUCAUUGGCUCGCUUGUAUUUGGUACGCGAUCGGAAAUGGGGAAAGAUCUUCAUUGGAAAGCAAGGUCGGAUGGCUGGAUAUUUUGGCCAAUGACACCCAUCAAUUUUAUACCGUUAACGACACCGGGGGACCGACCAUCAAGAGUCGCUACGUUACGGCGUUGUAUUUUACAUUCAGCAGUCUAACGUCCGUCGGUUUUGGAAAUGUCGCGCCCAAUACAGACGCGGAAAAGAUAUUCACGAUAAUCGUGAUGUUCAUAGGAUCCCUGAUGUACGCGAGUAUUUUUGGAAACGUUUCGGCGAUCAUACAGAGAUUGUACAGCGGUACUGCGCGUUAUCAUACCCAAAUGCUCAGGGUAAGGGAAUUCAUAAAGUUUCACCAGAUACCGAACCCUCUGAGACAACGUUUGGAGGAAUAUUUUCAACACGCUUGGACGUACACGAACGGUAUCGACAUGAACAGUGUAUUGAAAGGUUUUCCCGAGUGUCUUCAAGCCGAUAUUUGCCUACAUCUGAACAGAAAUCUACUCAGCAAUUGUACAGCCUUCGAGGCGGCGAGCCCCGGAUGUCUGAGGGCGCUUUCUCUAAAGUUCAAGACCACCCACGCACCGCCCGGCGACACCCUGGUGCACAGGGGUGACGUACUCACUUCUUUAUAUUUCAUAUCACGAGGUAGCAUAGAGAUAUUGAAGGACGAUAUAGUGAUGGCUAUCCUAGGUAAAGACGACAUAUUCGGAGAGAAUCCGUGCAUUUAUUCUACCGUUGGCAAAUCGUCGUGCAACGUUCGCGCCCUGACUUAUUGCGAUCUCCACAAAAUUCACCGGGACGACCUGCUGGAGGUGCUCGCUCUCUACCCGGAAUUUUCCAACCACUUCAGCACCAACCUCGAGAUCACCUUCAACAUGCGAGACGAGGAACAAGCCGGCGUCGAUCCUAUGUCCGCGCGAUUUCCGGUCAGCACGCCUACGGACGUUGACGUAGAUGCGAGACGGUUCGCUUUCCGACCUCCGCGUUAUCGACGCGGUUUGGGAGGCGGGGGAGGACCGCCCGGAUCGAAUUUGGUGCCUACCGGGCGUCAGGAUUCUCUCCAAGACGACCAGGAGGACUACGACAGGGGCAGCGGUCACGGUAUCUUGGAAUUCAGCACAGACAAGGCCGGUCAGGACGUUACGCCUCUUAACUUGGAAUUUGAGGAACCAAAGCAACGAAGCUCAACUCUAAAUUCAAUUACUGGCAUGCUAACCCAUCUCAAGCGCAGCAUUCCGGACCUCCGUCAGCACAAGAUUCACCUUCAGCCUUUGACCAGCCACGACUACCUCGCCAAACAAGUUACGACCCCCCUGACUAGACCGGCGCGGCGAAGUUCGGCUGCAGGCGAAAGCUGCCUGAGUCACGCCGCUGCACAUCCGGCAUCGACAACUUCGAGCCAUUACACAACACCCUCGCCUCCGCAACAUCCGCAUUCUCACGGUGAAUUCCAGAGCGGCCCGGGCCGACCACUGGAUGAAAUAAACGCAAGGAUAGAUCAACUGACUCGCCAAGUCACAUCGCUCGAGCACUCGAUGGCUGGAGACGUUCGAUUGAUCCUCACGUUACUUCAACAGACGCUUAAUUCCUCUAGGGAAAGUUCUAGCAUCGAAAUGAUACCGGGUACCACGUCAGCCGCGCCCGGUAAACCCUCGGUAAGGGCGCCGGCCCUCGUUCAAAGGUCAGCUAGCGAACCUCAACCGCCGACCAUGCCGCCUUCGACUAGCUACGGAAACGGACAUGGGAAAAUUCAACCCAGCACGUCGCACAGUUUGUUUAGCUUCCUAUCGAAAUCUCUGGAUCAGUUGCACCUGAUCUCGGCGUCUUUUGUUUUGGAAAAGUUGGAUAAGUUUAGGAGGCCACCGACGCGAGAACCAACAUUUACUUCUUCGGGCACCUCACGCUUAACGGUGACCUCUGACAGUUCCGCGUUAGCAUCCGCCUUGCAAACGGCUCUCAACGGGCGACCUGGACCCACCAGAUCUCAGAGUCAACCCGUUGAUCUUGCCGUUCCAAACACAGCCGUCCAACAAACGCAUCAUCAACCCUCCGCCUGGCACAGCCAACCAGCAGCGUUUAGGAGGGGUGAAUUCCGCGCGGGCUCUUUCAACAAGAGGUCUGCGGAGGCUGAAUCGGAGGAUCCCUGGAGUUGUGCGAUUUCCGUUAGCGAUAGAUCCGCUCAUCAGGUUGGAGUGCCGCGUCCUCGGAGUAGUGAGAGUCGUAAGGAUCAUCAAAGUUCCGUCUUGCAUCCCAGUGAUCAGAGCGGUGCCUCGGCCUUGCAGGCUUCGCAGCAACAAAGAUCGGUGGCUGAGGUUGUCCACGCAACAAUUCCAAGGCCUGAAUCGUCUCGACAAACUAGCGAUGACAUGUCUUGGGAAUUCGCAAUUAACGAAGCGCCUAUAGCGAGGCUCGAAUCCCUCGACGAGCUUGAUCAGGAUCACGGAAGUUAAGGGUUUAUGCACCGGAUCGUCGAGUUUAAUAAAUUUAAAAAUAGCUGAAAACGUGCUCGCGAAUAAAUACUCGUAUCAAUUAAUUACGCCCGAGUUUUAGAUAUGCGGAAAUAGUGUUGAUAAAACAAUUAUUAAUAUAGACUAUGGCUUGAACGCCGUGAAGCCGCGCGCAUCGUUUUGUGCAUCAAAUUUUGACUAUACUUUGAUUUGUUGAUAAUAUUAUUUCAUUCAUUUUUUAAUUAUCAAGUAUAUUAAUGUCUGCAAGGUCUAGCUGCUUAUAUCGAUGAUAUAUAGGCUGCGGAGGCAAUUAUAGAUUUACUUAUUAUUUUUAAUUAACUUUUCUUUCUGUCCUUUUAACUUUUGAUUCGUUAUUUCGUCGCUGAAGAUAAGUAAUUAUAAAAUUUAAUAACGACUCUUAUAUACGGGAUUAUAAAAAGUUUGAACCAAUUAUAUAUAAUAUAUACGUAAUAAUAUACAUAGUAUAUUUAUAUAUAAGAGCGAUCAAACUGCCCUGCAGUAAAAACGUUCUGUGAAAAUACGGGGUUCGCCAUUUUAAAAUGGCCAUUUUUCUAUAAUACUAUACAUACAUACAUAUAAUAAUAAAAAUAAUAACGAUAAUAAUAAUAAUAAUAUUAAUAUUAAUAUGCCACUUUAACGCAAUAAAAAUCAUAUCGCAAUUAUCCGCCGUAUCUUUCAAUUAUCAGAUUUUAAUUAUUAAUUUUACGUCGUUGCUGUAUUUGAAUUUAUUCAAUUCAAUCAUUUCUACCCAACUUGCUUUCUUUUUUUCCUAUUCUCGUUGUUUUACGUUAUAGUAAUGUUCUGAAAAAAUAGGCGUCAUUGAAAUUUCUAAAUCUUCUAAUGAAAUUCACGUCUGCAAUUGAGCUGCUGGCUAGCGUAUUUAUAAGCUAUUACUAGCCGUGUAUUUAUGAAAAUCAAUCCAAUGCUAUCGCUAAGACAAACAAUAAAAAAUUUAAAAAAAAAACGAAAAAAAGCAAAUUCUAGCUACGCGAUUUUGCGAUAUGUUUAUUACAUUAAUUAUAACCAUACGACCAAAUCUCACCAAAGUACAUAACGUAACGUAACGUAAUAUUAUAGGCAUACCUAAACAUACAAGAUGAUAUAAAAGAACAGUGAACAAAUAACACAAACCCAAAUUAAAAAAUGAAAAAACAAAAAGAGAAACGGAACAAAUUGGAAGGAAAAAAAUUAAAAAAAAAAAAAUAUUCUACUGUCGGGUACGUAGGUAUAAUAAUUGCUAUUAUUACACAAUUUUUCAGUUUGGAUAGCUAAAAUCUAAUUACACGCAGCUGCAGUUAUUCAAAAUUUUUCGAAGCCGGAAAAAAAAAUGAUUAUUGACGAUAAUGAUAAUGAUAAUGAUACUAAUAAUAAGAACAACAACAAUAGUGGAAAUGGAAAUUGAUAUAACAAUAUAAAAAUCUAAACCGCAUAUGAGUGAAUACAAAAGUGAAAAUCAGAUAAAAAUUAUAUAACAAAAUGAGUAAAGAAAUAAAUAUUUGAGAAUAAAUAUUGAAAACACAUAUACCUCUCUCUACAUGCAGUAUAUGACAAUUAUGAUUAUGUUCGUUAUCAUUAUCAAUAUUAUUCGAAAUACAACAAAGUAUGCCUAGGUAUACCUAUUAGAUAAUAAUUAUUACUAGAGAUGAAUUCUUCAGGAACAUUUGAAAAAAAAAAAGACGAAAAGAAAAAAGAAAAAACAGCAACAAAAAUGAUAAAUAAAACGGAUUAGAAAAAAUUGUUACGCAAUGAGUUACGUCAUUUUAUAUAAAAAAAAAUUUGCUAAAUACACCUCCAUUGCGAAUAAUUAGGUAUUUGCAAGGCAAAAAAAGAAAAAAAAAUACAAAACCGAAAGGAAAAAUUCACGAACUUACAUAUUAUAUUAUAUUAUAAAUAAAUAUAUAUCUAUAUAUAUAAUAUAAUAUAUAAAUAUCAUGCAAUAAUAAUUUAUAUCCUAAUAUACCUAAUAGAAUAACAUAUACAUAUAUAUAUAAAUAUAUAUAUAUAUAUAUAUAUAUAUAUAUACCUACACAAUUUUGCAAGUUAUAUGAAACGUAUUACUAUUACCUAAUAAUAUAACGCGCGAUCGGAACACUUGAAAGAUUGAAAAAUCUUAUUAUUAUAUCCUGUGUAUAAUAUUCCUUUGCUAUGGUUUUUCACACCUGUAUUAAUUAUAAUCAAUUAAUUAUUGAAUUCGAUUUCUACCUCCAAUGAUAAUUAUCAGCUGUAAACUAGAUAACACGUAAUAUACGCGAGUAAUUUAUCUCCUACCUAAUAGGUGAUUAAUAGAGUAAUAUACAUGCGGCAUGUCAAGAAGAGAGUAUAAUUAAUAUACUAUUAUGUACAAAAAAAACCCGAAGAAAAUGACAAAUUUUGACAAAAUUACAUCUAACGACACGUCACACACUUGAAUGAUUAUUGUUUUUAUUAUUACCUAUUAUUAAUAUUGUUAUUAUUAUUAUUGUGAUUGUAAUUAUUAUCAAUAUUAUUACUGUUAAUAUUAUUAUAUACGUUCAUUAAUUUUUGCUCAGUAUUUUAGCGUACCUAUAGUGUUAAAUAUUGAUUAAUUAUAAUUAUAGUAUAACGACUUAUUAUAAAUAAAUAUCAUUAUUAUACGAGCGGCGAAUCACAUGAUGAUUUAAUAAUUUAUAUAAAUAUAUUAUUAUUAUUACUAUUAAAUAGAUAUAGUUUAUUCAUAUGGGGUCGGAUAAUGUGGGGAGGGUCAAUUGACUAUAAUAAAUUGUUGCUUCUUUUUACGUAAAGAAAAAUUACGUAAAAAAAAAAUAUUUGCACGUAUGUCAUAUUAA